UCUUUUGUGACGUCCUUGAAUGGAACAAAGCUUAUCCAUUUGUGCUAGUCAUGUGACGAGUAGAAGACUAGAAAUAAGAGAACGUUUAGAUGCUUUAAAUACCUUGUUUAUUAUAUCACAAUCCAAUUCACGUGUACCAAGUAGCUGGCAAGACUUUGUAUUUAGAGGUUGUUUGGAUUGUCUCCAGCAGGUUUUGAAACAACAACAGUCGUCUUUAGAAACAGAGAAAAAUCAUCUUUGGAAAAUAUUGGAACAUUUGUGUCAAAGCAAUCCUCCCUGUAUACCAGAACUGGCUGUUUUACCUGACUUGAUUGAACCAGAAUUCGGAAAGCACCUGAGUGAAGAACGUUUGAAGUCGAUCGAAAAUAUUUUAUGCAGUGUAAUAAUGGAAAGACUCGCUUUGGAUACUUUGACUAGGCUUAUAACUGUUCUGUCGCAAAAGAUGUUCUCUUCGGCUGACUGGCUGAGAGAUUGUUGGAGGGAUGUAUUUUGUAUUUGUCUGGCUAACCUUUUGAAAAUCAUUGUACGACAUCUAAAAGGGAAGAAUGCUACCAAGUCUUCUUUAGACAAUCAUUCAAAGACACUGUUACUUUCUCUUUUGGCCUGGAAGAUUCCUUGUUGUAAGUUGGAUUCGUGUCCUAGCUAUAAGCUGCGAAGAGAAACAGUGAGACGUCUUGUAUUUUAUACUUUUUCUUUGCAAAGUUGUUAUGUGGUUCGCGAUAAUUCAUAUCGCUAUGAUGCUCUAGAAUGGAUAGCCAAACAGUCCCAAAUAGAAAUGCUUUCCAACUCAUUGAGGCGAUUGGUGGAUGACUGUUUGGAUAUGCCAAACAGUUGCUUUGUUCAAAAUGUCGAAGAAGACCCUUCGAAUCAUAAGCGUCGACGCUUAACUAUGGUUGAGAAAGACGAUAGAUCAGAGUUACUGAUGCAGAUGGGAACUCUUUUGGUAGAUAGAUAUUUACAGGAUACCGACAGCAACAAUAGCGAAAAUUGGAUGCACGUUUUUGUAACAUUUUUGAAGCUUGUGGAAAACAAUUCCAUCGUAUUGGAUAGUAUAGUGGAGACUGUCAGACAGAAAGAGUGGAAAGAAGCUUUGGCUGUCAUGAGCAAUUUUUUGGAAUCGUAUUUAAGCAGUCAUUUUAUAGCUUGGCAAGGAAUGUUAUCCUUGUCAAAUAUUUCUUUUUCUGUAAUGAUGCCAAAGACUGACAAAGUGAUCACAUCUAUUCCUCAAUUAGAAGAGAGUCAGUUGUGGAAUCGAAACAAUUGUGUCUUUUUGCAACUCAUUUGUCUAUUGUUAACCAAAUAUAGCGAAAGGAGACAAUUGAAUAUCUUUCUUGACAAGCUAUGUACAAAUAUUGGUAAUGAGAGACUUUAUUUGACAUUUGUCUCAUCUUUUCAAUCCAGUUUGAUAUCUUGUAUGAUGAAAACAACUCCAAAAGAAUUCUCCGACACUUUUCAUAGUAUUUUACACCAUUUUGUUCUUCUUUAUGACGAAAGCCAAUUGGCUGAAGAAAAUGAAAGACGAUGGAAAAGAGAAAGACUGGUUUUCUAUUUUCAAUUAAUAUUUCUUUUAUUGAAAAGUCUUCUUCAAAAAUUGUCGCAUCAAGAGCCGUCAACGUUAUACUGGGAUUGUCUCAAUAAGACCUUUGAUAGAUGGAUAUUCCCAUAUUUAUUGAAAGAUGAGAAACAUAAUUGGUUAUCUGAUGUCGAAUGUUGUCUUCUUAUUUCUCCUUGGAUGACUUGUGAAUGUUAUUUAUUUCUAUUAUAUCCUUCCAGUCGUGUGAAUUUCGACUAUUUGGAACAGGUGCUUGUCAAAUUAGAAGAAUUGGCAUCCAAUCAUUCCUUCGACCAAUGCUCAUUUAAAAGUCUUUCUACAUGUGCCUAUCGGCUGGAAUUGUUGACCCACUUCUUAUCGACUAGAAACAAAUAUCUUCAAGGAACUACUUCUAGAAGACGAAGGCUGUUCAAGACUAAACAUUUGGAACGACUUGUCAUCAAACGAUGGAUUAUUCCUUGCACCAAUGCUAUUCGAGAGUAUUUAUGUGCAAUGAAAUGGAACGAUUAUUUAGUUUCCUUUCAAGUAUUCGAACAUUUAUGGAUGUCAUUACAACAUAUUGCAAGUUAUUUAGUAUUGAUUCCAUCCAAGAAAUACGAAAAGAAGUAUUUUUCUAUUUGGACCAAAUUGUUCUUUCCUUUGCUUCUGGUUGCAAGUUCUCAUUGUUAUUUGUUUGAAGAAAAUAGGAUACCUAAAUGGAUAUUGGAUAGUUGGUCCAUUUUAGUGGAUCGACUGCUAGACUGGAGUACGAUGGAAGCUUUAUGGGAGCGUAGGCACUGUAGAAAAAAGUUAUUAAAAUAUUGGAAAUGCAUGAUUGGACAACUUUGUUUUCGUGCUGGACUAGUGACCGUCGAAGAAAGUACUAGAAGAGAUUUAUGUUUGAGACCAUUCACAGAGUCUCUAUCGACUAUCGAUUCUUCAACUCUUUUGCAUUAUCUCUGGGAUCAUGGAAUGGUUUCCAUGGUUCUUCGUUUUCCAUGGAUGUUGUCAAAGUCGUUUCUUGAGUGGAUUGCACAACAUUACGUAUCAUCGUGUAUAUUGGAAAGGAAUCCCACAAUAGACACUGCCUGGAAAGUGAAGGUAGAAAAGUUUUUAUGUGAUGUCUAUUUAUGUUGCCAUAUUCAAAGGUAUUCCCAUUUUUUGAAUCUUAUCCUUAUGGAACCAGACGUAUUGUUUGCAGUUAUACCUUUUGUAUCAUCUCAAGUACAAAUUGUUUCAAAGGGUUGGUUGAGGUUUCUGAAAUGGCUUUCAAAGUGGCAUUCGAAUCGUUGUAACAAACUUCCAAAAUGGUUAUCGGAGAUGAUGGAACGUCAAUGCAAUUCUUCCCAUAUUUCUUCUUAUGCUAAUGGCUUGUUUUAUCUUGUCAUCACUUUCUGGUACCACUUUUCUCAACCUUAUGUACGAAAGUUACUAGGGGAGACCGUAUUCCUAUGGAUACGACAUCUUUGGGUAGCUACCGAAGACCGCAAAUUAAGAAUAGAAGCGCUUUGUCAUGUAUUAGAAUACGGAAAGAGGAAAAAGCAUUCGUUACUCGAUGUAUUGGGAGAGCGACUGGAUCAGGGUUUUGAGAUAUUGCGACAAGAUAUCAGAAAUGUUGCUACUCUUUCUCUCUACAAUUCUAAUCAAGCGCGCCGUUUUCUAAGCGAUUAUUUUCUUUGGAAAAAGGAAGCAAUCCUUUCUCAUGUUGAUAACGAAUGGAACAGUCUAAUUCAAUGGCUCUUGGAACCUCUUGGUGACACAACUCUUGCAGAACAAGAAGACAUAUUGCAGCUGAAACAGCUGUGUUCAAUAUUCUUUUGGAGAAAAGUUUUGGAAAGUUUCUGGUUGCAGUUGGUUCGCAGUGCAGUAUCUCAUCCUACAGAGUGUCUCAUUGCAUGUCGUCUUGGCUAUUUGCUAUUGUUGAGUGCGAAUUCUGAUCGGGAAAAAGAAAGAACAAUCAUUCUGGAGAUAUAUCGACUUUUAUUUACGACUUCGAUAACAGAAGAGGAAAAGUCUUCCAAUAUAAGCCACUUCGUUGGAGCAAGUGCUAUGGAUUGCUUGGCUUUUAUAGCUUCCAAAGCACAUUAUUCGAAUUUUGUGGAAGAAUACGAAGACGCUAUGAGAAACUUGUUUCUCGUGCAGCGAUGGUAUCUUGAAAGGAGUCUGUUUCCGUUUCUUCCUGAUGGUGGUUUCGUUCCAUGGGAGCAAGUAUGUAAAAUUUUCUCUAGAUCCGUGAAGAGGCUAAGAAAAUCAGAUCGAUAUCCUAUUUGUUUUGUUUGCAAUCAUUCACUUAUGCUGAUGGACCUUUUGCUCAAGGAAGCUGAACCGUUUCCCUAUGUGGUUUGGAUUCGCCGUUUAUGGGAACCGUUGUUGGGGUGGUUGAGAAAAGGAUUAUCCAAAACCUGGUUAACAUGGUUUCUCUUUCAAGUGAUUGAUUUGGUGGAACAACAAAAACCAUCCCUCCUUCACCAACCCUUGUUUAUAAUAGAAUUGUGCAAGUUGCUUCAGUGCAAACCGGAGGUAACCUUAGCAAAUGGAAAUGUCCUUACUCCCAAGGAAAGUGUUAUGGAAAACGUUCGAUUAUUGUUACAACGGUAUUCUGAACGAUAUCAAUAUAAAGGCAAAGCAUAACGCGAAAAAUUUCUCCAAAGAAAUCAAUCUUUGCAAUA